CUGCCACCUGAAAUAAAUGUUAUCAAAAAUUAAAUGUCAUUUUUCGUAAAGUGAAUUAAAAUUUAUUCAAAAUUGUAUGUAUUAAAAGCGUAGAAUACGCAAAAACAACAAAAAUAAGUAAGAGUAACUACAUUGGAAAUGAAAGGCACAAAGCCCUUUCCGCCAUUAAAAAAUGACAACCUUCUUCGUGCAGCGCGUGGAGAAGUCGUUGACCGAGUUCCUGUCUGGGUCAUGCGGCAAGCUGGUCGCUACUUGCCCGAAUUUCAGGAAUUGCGCAAGCAGCACGAUUUUUUUACGGUUUGUCGCACACCCGAGUUAGCUUGUGAGGUUACCAUGCAGCCGCUGCGACGCUUUGAUUUGGACGCAUCUAUCAUAUUCUCUGACAUACUAGUAAUACCGCAGGCCUUAGGUUGUACGGUUGAAAUGCACGCUGGCGUCGGUCCAGUAUUGCCGCAACCAAUAACCACACCUGAGGACCUAAAGCGUCUGACGGUGGACGGUGCUCUGUCGCGACUGAGCUACGUGGGUGAGGCUAUUACAAUGAUGCGGUACAAGUUGGAUGGACGCGUUCCACUCAUUGGUUUCAGUGGUGCACCUUGGACUCUAAUGGGCUAUAUGGUAGAAGGCGGUGGCAGCAAGACGUUAUCUAAGGCAAAGGAUUGGAUCAAAAAUUACCCAGACGACACCAAACUGUUUCUUAACCUCUUAACCGACGUCGUUAUUGAUUAUCUGGAGAUGCAGGUUAAGGCUGGAGCACAAAUGCUGCAAAUCUUCGAAUCAUCUGCGGAGCACUUGACUAAGGAGGAGUUUCUGAUAUGGGCGGUACCCUAUUUGCGGCGCAUACGGGAUGAGUUGGUUGAUCGCUUAACUAAAAAAGUUAUACCGGUGGUGCCUAUCACACUAUUUGCCAAGGGUGCAGGCCAUUCGUUAAAGGAGCAAAGCGAAUUGGGGUAUGAUGUAAUCAGCCUGGACUGGACUGUGGAUCCUACGGAGGCUCGUGCUCAGGUUGGUCCCAAUAUAACAUUACAGGGUAAUCUGGACCCGCAGGACAUGUAUCGGGAUCCAGAAGAAUUGCGAACGCUGGCCACCGAAAUGGUGCAUAAAUUUGGAAAAUCGCGUUAUAUUGCAAAUCUGGGACAUGGCAUAACUCCACAGACACCUAUAACAAGCAUGGAGAUACUGGUGGAAGCUGUGCACAAAGCAUUGUAGUUGUAUGCGCAAAUUAUUCUUUUCUAACGCCUUUUAGUCAGUAAUAAAGACAAUUUAACCAUUGGUUAGGGAAACUUAUGUGCUGAAUAUUAUA